AUGCAAGAAUCUAAUUGGGACAACCCAUGUUUCGUCAAAACCAAGCCUGAAAUUAUUCAAUAUUGGGGAUAUCCAGUAGAAGUUCACAAAGUAUUGACUAUGGAUGGCUAUAUACUCACCUUGCAUCGGAUACCGUAUGGCAGAAAUUGUAGACAGGUGACAGCAAAUCGACCUGUAAUUUUUCUGCAAUCCGGUCUACUUUGCUCCAGUGCACAUUGGGUGCUCAAUUUGCCACAUCAAUCUGCUGGCUUUGUCUUUGCUGACGAGUGCUUUGACGUAUGGCUAGGCAAUAUGCGAGGAAAUGUUUAUUCCAAAGAACACAUUAGGCUCAACAGCCUAAUAAGCGAUUUUUGGAAAUUCAGUUGGGAAGAAAUGGCCAGAUAUGAUCUACCAGCAAUGGUCGACUAUGUUCUUGACAAAACGGGAGCAAAUUCUUUAAAUUAUUUUGCCACUAUAGGCCAAGGAUAUAAUUUUUAUCUCGCUUUCAAACAAAAUCCUGUCCAUGUUUUAUUUUACAUACAUUACUCGAUGCUUUUUCAGAUUCGAAAAUUUUUCGCUCUUGCGCCGGCGUAUAGGACGUUUCAUGUUGAAGGAGCAAUGUAUCAUCACUUCAAACAAAACUAUGAACUAACUACCCUAUUUUACCAACUGCUUGGAGAUACGGGGAUUUAUUUCUAUGACCUUACGCGGCCAAUAGCACAAGCUAUGUGUAAUAAUCCUGUUACCAAUCCAAUGUGUGAAGAUUUCCUCGCCUAUGUAAAUGGACCCAAAACUGAUCACUUCAAUUCAGUGAGUGUUUUUAAUUUUGACGAGUUAGGAAUUCAUGAUAACAAGGUUAAGUCAAGAACGGCUGUCUACUUAUCACACGGUCCAGCGGGAACAUCAACGAGGAAUAUGCGUCAUUAUGCGCAAAUGCUUCGUACUAGUCGAAUGGCCUCAUACGAUUAUGGACCAGAGGAAAAUCUUCGACACUACGGAACGGUCAGCUUAUUUACUUCCACAACACCAGAGUACGACAUUAGCCAGGUGCAAGCCAACAUAUAUCUUUUCUAUGCGGACCUCGAUUGGGUGGUACCUGCUCAAGAUGUAGAACAAUAUCUGCUACCGGCACUUCCACCAAGUUCGUUGAAACUUGUGAGGUGA